UGGAGAAAAAGAGAGAUGGAUGCAGAGGCUGAAGAUAAAAUGCUGCAUACCCGCUCUAAAGGAAUGAAGGUGCCAAUAAACUCUCUAAUCCAGGAGCUCAGUGCUGCAUAUGAUUGUUCCAUGGCGAAGAAGAGGAGAGCUGAAGAGCAGGCCUUGGGUGUUCCUGUCAACAAAAGAAAAUCCUUGCUGAUGAAGCCCCGACACUACAGUCCAAACAUGAAUGGCAAGGAAGAGUGUGACUCCAGGACCGAGGCAGAGGAGGAUGAUGGCCUCCUGGAAAUGGAUGCUCACCCUAGCACAGAAGAAAUCAUGAUAAAACCUACAGAUGAGAGUUUUCAUUCUACUGCACAAGAAAAGCCCAAUGGGAAGGAAGACAGAUACGGCUGUUACCGAGAGCUCACGGUCAAAUCUAUAAUGCACUUGGGGAAAUUUGAAAAAAAUGCAUCUGUUCAGGCUAUAAAUGAAAACUUAAAUGACAGUGGCAUCCAGUCUCUAAAAGCAGAGAGUGAUGAAGUAGAUGAGUGCUUUAUGAUUCAUUCUGAUGAUGGAAAAGACAAAAUCAAUGACUCCCAGCUGAGAUUCUGCUCCUCCGAUGACAAUGAAAGUAACUCUGAAAGUGCAGAGAAUGGCUGGGACAGCGGCUCCAACUUCUCAGAAGAAACCAAAUCACGUAGAGUCCCAAAGUAUAUUUUAGUGGAUAAUAGGAAAGACAUAUUGGACAUUACUGAAAUAAAAACUGAAGGUGACAAAUUUCUCUCUUGUGAAAAUAGGUGUGAUUCUGAAAUUGAAAGGAGAGACCCACAGGACGCUCACAUGGAACCACUGGAUGGCAAAGCCCAGGCCUCAUUCUCUGGGGCUGAGGAAGAUGAUAACCAGUGCCUGGCAGCAACGACAGAAGAGUCUGUUGACCUGGAGAAAGCGAAGGGGAACUUAAGUUUGCUGGAGCAGGCAAUCACUCUGCAGGCUGAGCGCAGCUGUGUUUUCCAUAACACCUACAAAGAGUUGGACAGGUUUCUACUGGAGCACCUAGCAGGGGAAAGGAAACAAACCAAAGUUAUUGACAUGGGUGGAAGACAAAUUUUUAACAAUAAACAUUCACCAAGGCCUGAAAAGAGGGAGACCAAGUGCCCCAUCCCCGGGUGCGAUGGCACAGGACAUGUGACAGGACUCUACCCCCACCACCGCAGCCUUUCGGGGUGCCCCCACAAAGUGCGGGUUCCCUUGGAAAUUCUUGCCAUGCAUGAAAAUGUGCUCAAGUGUCCCACUCCAGGAUGCACAGGAAGGGGGCACGUGAACAGCAACCGCAACACCCACAGGAGUCUUUCAGGUUGUCCAAUUGCUGCAGCUGAAAAAUUGGCAAUGUCCCAAGACAAAAAUCAGCUUGAUUCUCCCCAAACUGGGCAGUGUCCUGACCAAGUUCACAGAACAAGCUUGGUGAAGCAGUUAGAAUUCAAUUUCCGAUCACAAGCCGUCACCUCUCCCAGAGCCACGUUGUCAAAAGAUCAAGAGAAAUUUGGAAAAGUACCAUUUGAUUAUGCCAGCUUUGAUGCACAGGUUUUUGGUAAACGCCCCCUCAUACAAACAAGUCAAGGACAAAAAACACCACCAUUUCCUGAAUCGAAGCAUUUUUCAAAUCCAGGGAAAUUUCCUAAUCGACUGCCUAGUGCAGGCGCCCACACACAGAGCCCUUGCCGUGCCAGCUCUUAUAGCUACGGUCAAUGUAGUGAAGACACCCACAUAGCAGCAGCUGCUGCCAUCCUGAACCUUUCCACCCGCUGCAGGGAAGCUGCAGACAUCCUCUCCAACAAACCACAGAGCCUGCAUGCCAAGGGAGCCGAGAUAGAAGUGGACGAAAAUGGCACAUUGGACUUAAGCAUGAAAAAAAAUCGAAUCCUGGACAAAGCAGUACCCCUAACUUCCUCUAACACUUCUAUUCCAACUCCUUCCUCUUCUCCAUUCAAAACAAGCAGCAUUUUGGUCAAUGCAGCAUUCUAUCAGGCUCUCUGUGAUCAAGAGAGCUGGGAUGUUCCUAUCAACUAUAGCAAAACUCAUGGGAAGACAGAGGAGGAGAAAGAGAAAGACCCAGUGAACUCUUCAGAAAAUUUAGAGGAAAAGAAAUUUCUUGGAGAGGCCUCCAUACCAAGCCCUAAACCUAAGCUCCAUGCAAGAGAUCUCAAAAAAGAACUAAUCACCUGUCCAACACCAGGAUGUGAUGGAAGUGGCCAUGUCACAGGAAACUAUGCAUCCCAUCGCAGUGUUUCUGGAUGUCCUUUAGCAGAUAAGACUCUUAAAUCCCUCAUGGCUGCUAACUCUCAGGAGCUUAAGUGUCCAACCCCAGGCUGUGAUGGUUCAGGGCAUGUGACUGGAAACUAUGCUUCCCACAGAAGUUUGUCCGGCUGCCCUCGUGCCAGGAAAGGUGGUGUUAAAAUGACUGCUACGAAGGAAGAAAAAGAAGACCCUGAACUCAAAUGUCCUGUGAUAGGGUGUGAUGGCCAAGGUCACAUAUCAGGUAAAUACACAUCCCAUCGUACAGCUUCUGGCUGUCCCCUGGCUGCCAAGAGACAGAAGGAGAAUCCUCUCAAUGGGCCCCCCCUCUCCUGGAAACUGAACAAACAAGAACUACCACACUGUCCUUUGCCAGGCUGCAAUGGGCUGGGCCAUGUAAAUAAUGUUUUUGUCACCCACCGAAGCUUAUCUGGAUGUCCUCUAAAUGCACAAGCUAUCAAAAAGGGCAAGGUCUCAGAAGAACUAAUGACCAUCAAACUCAAAGCCACUGGAGGUAUAGAGAGUGAUGAAGAAAUAAGGCAUUUGGAUGAAGAAAUAAAGGAACUGAAUGAAUCCAAUCUGAAAAUUGAAGCAGAUAUGAUGAAACUUCAGACACAGAUCACAUCUAUGGAAAGCAAUUUAAAGACAAUAGAGGCAGAGAACAAACUUAUAGAACAGAAUAAUGAAAGCCUGCUAAAGGAGCUGGCAGGUCUAAGCCAGGCUCUCAUUUCAAGCCUUGCCGACAUCCAGCUCCCACAGAUGGGGCCUAUCAGUGAGCAGAAUUUUGAAGCAUAUGUAAAUACACUCACAGACAUGUACAGCAAUCUGGAACGGGACUAUUCCCCGGAAUGCAAAGCUCUGCUAGAAAGUAUCAAACAGGCAGUGAAGGGCAUCCACGUGUAGGACUGCAGCACCGCGGGGCAACAGAAAUCACCAACAGCAUCCUGGGCUCUAAGGCAUGCAGGUUGCCGUACUGCAUUUACAAUUGCAACAUUGCACUAAUUUCCCCCCCUCCCCACAGCUGUCAUAA